AUGUCUGGGGAAAACUUUACCACAGUGACUGAAUUCAUCUUGCUAGGGUUAACAGACUCACCUGAACUUCAAAUUAUGCUUUUUAUUUUAUUUUUUGUUAUUUACACUCUCACAAUGAUGGGAAAUUCAGGAAUGAUUACUCUGAUCAUAAUUGAUUCACAACUCCACACACCUAUGUAUUUUUUUCUAACUAACUUGUCCUUGACUGAUAUUUUUUAUUCUUCAACUAUCACUCCAAAGAUGUUAGUUGAUUUACUAUCUGUAAGGAAAGUCAUCUCUUUUGCUGGAUGCUUUCUGCAGAUGUAUGUCUUUAUUGCUUUAGCAACCACUGAGUGUAUUCUCUUUGGAUUGAUGGCUUAUGAUCGCUAUGUGGCCAUCUGUAAUCCACUGCUUUACCCAGUUAUCAUGUCAAGAACAGUCUGUCUGAAGAUGGCCAUGGGGGCCUUCACAGCUGGAUUCCUGAACUCAAUUAUUCAUACCAGUUACAUAAGUAGUUUAACUUACUGUGGCUCCAAUGUCAUUCAUCACUUUUUCUGUGACAGUUCCCCAAUCCUCAAACUCUCUUGCUCUGGCACUCAAUUGAAUGAAACUAUAAUUUUCAUUUGUGCUGGGAUAAACAUGUUAGGAACAUUUCUAAUCAUCAUUACCUCUUAUAUCUAUAUCCUCUUUUCUAUUUUGCGUUUGCAUUCAGUUGAAGGGAGGCGCAAAGCUUUUUCAACCUGUGCUUCUCAUAUUACAGCCAUUGUUAUUUUUUAUGGAACUAUGAUUGUUACUUAUUUGUGUCCAAGUUCAAGUUACUCCCAACUCAAGGAAAAGUUAUAUCUGUUUUCUACACAGUGGUUAUCCCAAUGUUGAAUCCUUUAAUUUAUAGCCUGAGAAACGAAGAAGUGAAAAGGGCCUUUAA